AUGGAAUCCCAGGCUAUAGCUGUCGAGAAACAGCCAACUCCACCAGGCGAGCUAGCAACUGAACAGGAUAUCCGCGAGCUUCAGCAUGUCUCCGCCCCUCUACCAGUGGGGGUUUGGUUGGCGUCGCUCGUUAAGAACUAUAUCCAAAACAGUCCAACGGAUGUUAUUCCUGGUGCAAUGGGCCUAGGGAAGUCCCAUGCAACAAGUGUGAACUUAGCAUUUACUGUUCUUGUUAAUUUAUUGCCUGUGCCAGCGUCCCUUCUUGUUGAUGGUUGGCUAGGGAGAUUUUUAUCUCUACAAAUAUUUACAGCGAUUUAUGUCGCGGGUUCUGCAAUUCUGUUUGCUACCUCAUUUCCCUCACAGAUGCAAACUGGAGUAGCUACAAUAGGAUUUAUACCAGCCGCCAUUCUUAUUGCAAUUGGGCUUGGGGGUGUUCAAGCUGCUGUACAACCCUUCAUUGCGGACCAGUACACCGAGACAAAAAUGCGAGUUAGGGUAACGAAGAGCGGCCAAAGGGUAGUGGAAGAUCCAGAAAUGACUAUCCAAUAUAUAUACAAUGUAUAUUACUGGAUGGUUAACUUUGGUUCACUCGGGAGUAUUGCUACAACACUCAUGGAGAAGUAUAUUGGCUACUGGUCAGCAUACUUGCUAGACCUUUGUGCCGUGAUUCUCUGCGUGGUCAUUAUCCAGCUCGCAAGAUCAAAAUUUGUCCAUCCUCCUGCUCAAGGAUCGAUCCUUCCACACGCAGCUCGUUGUUUAUGGUAUGCUGCACAAGGCGGAUUUGACCUUGAUGCUGCCUUACCAGAAAACCAGCUUCGAACACACAACAGGGUUGUUCCGUGGAGCAAGGACUUCAUUGCUGAAUUACGAGAUGCUCUGUCCGCAUUCAAGAUAUGCAUUGGAUGGCCCAUAUUCUGGGUUUGCAUGGGUGAAGGUGCCCAAGUUUCUAUAUCCCAAGCUGGCCAGAUGGAAACCUAUGGAGUCCCCAAUGACCUUAUUAAAUCAUCUAACCCUAUUGCGUACGUGGUUAUUGGUGUAAUGGUACAAAAGUUACUAUACCCACUACUACAACGCUAUAAGAUCCAGUUCAGUCCAAUCAAUCGGAUCUCCCUAGGAUUUGCUAUUAUGUCAGUAGCUAUGGCUUACGCGGCUAUUGUACAGGCAAUUAUCUACAAGGCUGGCCCUUGCUAUUCAUAUCCUCUCGCAUGCGCUGCAUCAGAAGGUGGCAAGAUCCCUAACCAUGUCCAUGUACUACUUCAGUUACCAACCUACAUCAUCAUCGCGCUUGCUGAGGUAUUCUGCUGGCCUACAGGUUCCGAAUAUACCUAUUCUCACUCUCCUAGCAGCAUGAAAUCAAUACUGCAGGCCUGCUACACUGGAACAGCUGGACUAGGAUACUUACUUGCAAUGGCACUGACGCCUCUCGCUAAGGAUCCGUUGCUUGUCAUUCUGUGGUCGGUUGUGGCAGGGAUGAUGUUUGUAACAACUGUUUGGUUCCGCAUUGCAUUCCGGGACUACUGA